GACAAUGAAGUUGGCUCACGUUUCUUUGCUUCCAUGUCUUGUAGUUGUCCUGGUCUCAUUGAUUGGUUCAACUUGUGCUGAUUCUCAUGGGAAUUUCCUUAAUUGUCUUCAUCUUCGUUCAGCAAACUCUUCCACCAUUUCUAAAGUUAUUUACAUGCAAAACAAUCCCUCAUUUUCAUCUGUUUUGAAUGCUUACAUUCAAAACACCAAGUUCAUCACACCAACAACCCCUAAACCCCUUGUCAUCGUCAAGGCACUGCAAAUAUCCCAUAUCCAAUCAACAAUUUAUUGCUCGAAGAAGCAUGGUUUGCAGAUUAGAAUUCGCAGCGGCGGUCAUGAUUUCGAGGGUCUUUCUUAUGUUUCUGAAGUUCCAUUUGUCAUCCUUGAUCUGCUACACUUUCGAGCUGUUAAGGUUGACGUGAAGAACGAAGUUGCCUGGGUUGAAUCCGGUGCAACUAUUGGUGAAUUGUAUUACGGGAUCGCUACUAAAACUAAGACCCUCGCCUUCCCUGCUGGUGUUUGUCACACCGUGGGCGUCGGCGGGCAUUUUAGUGGAGGCGGAUAUGGUAUAUUGAUUAGAAAAUAUGGUCUUGCUGCCGAUCAUGUGAUCGAUGCUCUAUUAGUCGAUGUUAAUGGAAGAGUUCUUGACAGAAAAUCCAUGGGGGAAGAUUUGUUUUGGGCAAUUCGUGGAGGUGGAGGAAAUACCUUUGGGAUUGUUCUCGCUUGGAAAGUAAAGCUAGUCCAAGUUCCACCUGUUGUUACUGUGUAUACAGUUAACAAGAACUUGGAACAAAAUGUAACCAAGAUUCUUCAUCGAUGGCAAUACAUUGCUCACAAGCUUCCCGAUGAUUUGUUCACUGACGUUACGAUAACUAAGGUGAAUUCAACUCAAGCAGGGAAGAAAACAGUUCAGGCCGCCUUCAAAGGAUUGUUUCUCGGUGGGGUUGAUAAGCUGAUUCCAUUGGUUCAAGACAAGUUUCCGGAGCUGGGAUUAACUAAAAAAGAUUGCCUGGAACUGAGCUGGGCUGAAUCCGUUCUUUACUUCGGUGGAGUUUCGACACAAAGUCUGGAGAUUAUGCUUAAUAGAACCGCUCUUGCAAGACCAACAUUCAAAGCCAAAUCCGACUACGUGAAGGAACCGAUUCCCGAAAGCGGAUUAGAGGGGAUAAUGUCGAGGUUUCUUGAGAAAGAAGUCGACGUUGUUCUGAUGAUGAUGGUGGCUUUUGGUGGGAGAAUGGAACAAGUUGCAGAAAACGAAAUUCCAUACCCGCAUAGAGCAGGCAACUUGUACCAAGCCUCGUACCUUGUGGGAUGGACAAACGGAGAAGAUGAAGGAAAAUACAUAAGCUGGAUACGAAGACUUCACAGUUACUUGGGAACUUAUGCAUCGAAAUCACCGAGAGAAGCGUAUUAUAAUUACAGGGAUCUGGACAUCGGAACCAACAACGUUGGGUACACAAGUUACGAACAAGCAAGCAUCUGGGGUCGGAAAUAUUACAAGAACAACUUCAAAAGAUUGGCACAAGUGAAGAGCAUGGUUGAUCCAAUGAAUUUCUUCAGAAAUGAACAAAGUGUCCCUCCUCUUUAAUCUCCAUGGAAGAAGAAAGGUAACUCGGGUUGAAAAGUUCGCAUCUCUUGGAUUGAAAGGAUUUACUUUGUUGCAAAUAAAGAGUUUCUUUAUCGCUUUUCCUGUCAUGAAGAAAUAAUAAUGUACUACAUGCAAAAUUCACAA